GCAGCCCCCAAGCCUGUCAUUCUGCAAAAACACAGUUUACUCAACACACCACACACACACUCACACACACACGCGCGCACACACACACGCGCACACUGGCCCCCUCGCGCACACGCACGGAGGGCGCGAGCGAGCAGACGCGCACACCCGGCGAGCCAAGUUCCGCAGCCUGGCAUGGCUUCUGGGGACCUUUACGAGGUCGAAAGGAUUGUAGACAAGAGGAAGAACAAGAAAGGGAAAUGGGAGUAUCUUAUCCGAUGGAAAGGCUACGGAAGCACGGAAGACACGUGGGAGCCAGAGCACCACCUGUUGCACUGUGAGGAGUUUAUCGACGAAUUCAACGGGCUGCACGUUUCCAAGGACAAACGGAUCAAGUCAGGGAAGCAGGCCAGCGCCUCCAAGCUCCUGCGUGACGGCCGGGGCCCGUCGGUGGAGAAACUCUCCCACAGACCUUCAGAAUCUGGGAAGAGCAAAGGGACUUCCCAUAAACGGAAGCGAAUCAACCCUUCCCUGUCCAAGCCAAAAAAAGGCUAUUCAGCCAAGCCCCCCGCAGGAGGCGACAGGGCCACCAAGACAGUGUCUUACAGGACUACCCCCAGCGGUUUGCAGAUAAUGCCGCUGAAAAAGGCUCAGAAUGGCAUGGAGAAUGGGGAUGCCGGCUCUGAGAAGGACGAGAGGCACUUUGGAAAUGGGUCCCACCAGCCUGGCUUGGAUUUGAAUGACGUGGGAGAGCAGGAGCUGGCGGAAUGUGGCGUCAACCACGCGGCACUGGCAGAGAACGGCCUCGGCUCUGCUAUGACCAACGGGGGAUUAAACCUGCACAGCCCCGUGAAGAGGAAGCUGGAAGCAGAGAAGGACUAUGUCUUUGACAAGAGGCUCAGGUACAGCGUCCGCCAGAAUGAAAGCAACUGUAGGUUUCGGGACAUUGUCGUGCGGAAGGAAGAGGGGUUCACACACAUCCUGCUGUCCAGCCAGACCUCGGACAACAACGCGCUGACCCCCGAGAUCAUGAAGGAGGUCCGGCGAGCACUGUGCAAUGCAGCCACGGAUGACAGCAAACUUCUGCUUCUCAGUGCAGUGGGCAGCGUAUUCUGCAGUGGCCUAGAUUACUCCUACCUAAUUGGCCGGUUGUCCAGUGACCGGAGAAAGGAGAGUACCCGGAUUUCAGAAGCCAUAAGGGACUUUGUGAAGGCCUUUAUCCAGUUUAAGAAGCCUAUCGUUGUUGCGAUCAAUGGGCCUGCGCUGGGCCUGGGUGCCUCCAUCUUGCCCCUCUGCGACAUCGUGUGGGCCAGUGAGAAGGCCUGGUUUCAGACCCCCUAUGCCACCAUCCGCCUCACGCCUGCUGGCUGCUCCUCAUACACCUUCCCCCAGAUCCUGGGCGUCGCACUGGCCAACGAGAUGCUGUUCUGUGGGCGGAAGCUCACCGCCCAGGAGGCGUGCAGCCGGGGGCUUGUGUCCCAGGUCUUCUGGCCAACCACGUUCAGCCAGGAGGUCAUGCUGCGGGUCAAGGAGAUGGCCUCCUGCAGCGCGGUGGUGUUGGAAGAGUCGAAAUGUCUUGUUCGGAGCUUCCUGAAGUCUGUGCUGGAAGGUGUGAACGAGAAAGAAUGCCUCAUGCUCAAGCAGCUAUGGAGCUCUUCCAAGGGCCUGGACUCCCUGUUCAGCUACCUGCAGGACAAGAUCUACGAAGUCUGAAGAGCCCCACCCACCCACCCCAGCGCUCGGGGGCACCGGACUUCCAGCCUGGCACUGUGCUUCCGAAAUCCCAGCGCGGUGUGCGCCGGCUAGGAAGUUCGUCAAGGUGUCUCUCUUGUGUCCAUUUCCUCCUGUCCUUUGGUUGCUCCGCAUUGGUUUGAUUUUGUAUAACAGAUGGGAAACGCAGCAUACUCGGCCUCCCCCAUGUCCCCCCACCCCACCCCCGUUCCUGCACUGGCCAGAGAGCUAUCGAGGGCUAUAUCUUCCCAGGCCUCUGCCAGACGCUGUUGUCCUCGCCCCACUCGCUGAAAUGCACCAUCCCAGUCCAGGAAGGGGAAGGUCAGUUUUCCCCAUCCUUCUGACUCAGGCUGUGUCUACACAGUGCCUCUGCUUUGGAGACUUGGCUAUAAGGCUCUCUCUGGUUAAGUGCAGAUCUGGUGAUAGGGGACGAUCACCUUAGGGAAUUUCCAGACCGCUGAGCAAAACGGUUGUAUAGAGCGAGCCUCAGUCUUCUCUCUGAUGCAAAUCUGUGUGACUUUUAGGGCUUGGUCUUAAAACCCAAUUGAGUGAUUUGCAAACCCAGAUAUUGUACGUUUAGGAAUGUUUUGUUAAAUAUAUAUUUUUAAAACAA